AUGAAUAAAAAAAUUAUAAUUUUAAUUUAUUUAAUUUUUAUUAAAUCGAUUGUUGGACAAAAUCCAGUUUGGAUUGGUGGUAGUGGUUGUAAUUUAUUUACAGAUUCAUCAUGUUGGAGUCCAUCAACAAGCCCAUUAACAACUGAUAUAGUUACAAUGGGAGUUGAUUCUACACAAACUGUUGUCGAUGGUGAUAUAACCAUUACAACAUUGAUAAAUAAUAAUUUAACAUUGGGAGGUGUUGAAAUGAGUUCAACUAUUUCUUUGGAAAUUAUAGAUACAUCAUUAAUUGUGAGUGGAGCAUUUUCCAUGGCCACAAAUUCAAGAUUAAGUUUAAGUCUAUCCGAUUCCUAUGCAAACUCAUUGGUUAGUGGAAGUGCAACUAGAAAUGCUGUAAAUGUUUUAAUGAAUUUACAAAGUAUGCAAACUUUAAUGGUUGGCUCAAGUUUUACAAUGACUGGAAAUUCCGUAUUGGAUGUCAAUCGUUCCAUCUCAACAAUUAAUGGUGUUUUCACAAUGAAUGAUGACACUUCAUUAUUUAUGUACUCUAAACAAAAUGGUGAUUCAAAAUUCACCGUUGGCAAUAGUGUUCUCAAUGAUGCUUCAUCAUUAAAUUUCCAAGGUCAAUCAUUUAUUUUUUUCAACCAAACUAAUUUACCAUCUGGUUUAGUAUUGAAUGAUCAAAGUAAAAUAGUUGCCAUUGAUGCUGAUAAUGUUAAAAUAUCUGGUGUUGUUACAUUGAAUGAUCAAUCGAGUAUUCAAUUAACUUCAUCACGUUUAUAUUUGGAUAGUUUAGUAACUGCUACCACAAGUUCAAUCCUUGUAAACAAUUCAACACUUUCAAUACUUCAAUCUAUACCAACCACUUUCUCUCCAGCAUCUGCCGUUUUCAAAGGUUCAGUAUUUACAAUUAAAUCAAAUUGUACAAUUCAAUCACCAAUUACAAUGAUUGAUUCUGUUUAUUCCUUUAAUCAAAGCCAUACUCUUGCAAGUCAAUUCACAGGUUCCAAUGUUUACAUGAUUAUGGACGCAGCCAUAUUGAAUGCAGGCAACUAUUACGAUUGUAGUGGUUGUAGUUUAUCAAUGAGAAAUUCAAUUGCCAACUUUGAUUCAUAUGAAAACCAAGGUGAUUUAAUUUUGUCAUCAAGUAAAUUAAAUAGUAAUGCUCCAAUUACAUCAAACACUGGUUCUAUCUUUGGUUACUAUGGUGAAUUGAAUCAAGCCCUCACUGUUGAAUCUGGUUCAUUGGGUGUUUACAAUGAAAAGACAAGACUCUUUGUAAAUGGUAAUGUCAUUGUUGAAUCUGGUGCUAAAAUUCAAUUCUAUCUUUCAUCACCAUUAGAUUUCAGUUGGUUGAAUACAAGUGGUUCAUUGGAUGUUCAAUCUGGUACAAUCAUUGAAAUCUAUGUUUACAUUGAAAUUUUAAAUAAUGGUUCAAUGGAAGUCAUUAAAACUUCGAAUGGUUUCGUUACUCCAUUGUCAACCGAUAAUGUUAAAUUAUAUACUUACGAUCCAGAUAAUGAUGUUAUCACUGAUUUUUCAACUACUGGUGGUUGUGAAUACUCAAUUUCAAUUACAAAUACAUCAGUAUUGGUUCACACUGAUUAUGCUUGUCAACAAGCAAUAAUUACACUUGGAACUGAUGGUAUCUCUAAAGGUUCAUUAGCUGGUAUCUCUGUUAGUAUGGUUGCUUUGGCUUGUUUCGUUUCAUUAGGUGUUUGGUGGAAAACUUCAAAAAAGAAUGAUCAAAGAAAUGAUUCUCAAGUUUUAACAAAUUUCUCUCAAAAUAAAUCUGAUGAUAUCGAUGUUGAAAGAAAAUUAUAA